UCCGCGCAGCGCCCGGCAUGCAGCCCUCCGGGCCGGCCGCGGCCGAGCUGGACGCCUCGCUGGAGCAGUAUCUGCGGGUCCGCAUCUUCAAAAUCAUCGUCAUCGGCGACUCCAACGUGGGCAAAACCUGCUUGACCUUCCGCUUCUGCGGCGGCGCCUUCCCCGCGAGCACCGAGGCCACCAUCGGCGUGGACUUCAGGGAGAAGACGGUGGAGAUCGAGGGAGAGAAAAUCAAGGUGCAGGUCUGGGACACAGCUGGCCAGGAGCGGUUCCGGAAGAGCAUGGUAGAACACUAUUACCGCAAUGUGCAUGCCGUCAUCUUUGUCUAUGAUGUCACUAAGAUGGCUUCCUUCACCAAUCUCAAGAUGUGGAUUGAGGAAUGCAAUGUGCAUGCUGUGCCUCCUUUCGUCCCCAAGGUGCUUGUUGGGAACAAGUGUGACUUACGAGAACAAAUUCAGGUGCCAUCCAGUGUGGCCCUGAAAUUUGCUGAUGCUCACAACAUGCUUUUGUUUGAAACAUCAGCCAAGGACCCCAAAGAGAGUCAGAAUGUGGAGUCAAUUUUCAUGUGCCUGGCCUGCAGGUUGAAGGCCCAGAAGUCCCUGCUCUAUCGGGAUAUGGAGAGACAGCAGGGAAAAGUGCAGAAACUGGAGUUCACACAAGAUGCUAACAAUAAAAAUUCCUGCCCCUGCUGAACAGAGGCUGUGUAUUCUAGGUUAAUAUUGUGGGGGGAGGGUUUUGUGCCUGUAUAAGAUUGACAUCUGCUUGUUUCACUAUAAAUUAAUGUUAACUAAAUAAAAUUUGCAUCACUGA